AUGCUGGCACGAGAGAAUCUGCUGCCGCAAGUAGCUCAGCGCGUGGCUCGCGAGCUGCGAAAGCUUGUUGUGCAGCCUUUAGAAGGUAUCCGGUAUCUUCCGCAGGAAGAGGAGCAACUUUGUGAGAUUCACGCCGAGAUUCGUGGACCGGAGGACACGCCCUACCAAGGAGGCUACUUUACAGUCAAGCUCACUCUCACUGAGAGUUUCCCGGAGCAACCCCCGCGUGGUGUCUUCCUAACCAAGAUCUUCCACCCCAAUGUAUCGCAGCCAGCAGGCGAUAUUUGCGUCAAUACGUUGAAAAAGGAUUGGAAGGCGUCGCUCGGUCUGGCUCAUGUGCUGCAGGUGAUUCGCUGUCUAUUGAUCGUCCCGUUUCCAGAGUCCUCACUGAAUGACGAAGCGGGGAAGCUGUUCCUGGACAGUUAUGACGAGUACGCGCGUCGUGCCAAGCUGUGGACGAACAUUCACGCACCCAAACGAUCGGCUGUGUGUGAGGAAGCAGGUGAAACGAGUGGAGAGGAGGACAAGAGGAACUGUAGCAACAGCCAGCACAAACGACCUGCUGAGGAUGUUACGAGGUCGGAUGGGAAUGAUGCGGCACUGUCGACACCAAUCAAGAAGAUGAAAAUUAGCAGCGAUGUUGGAAGUUCUCUCAAGAAGAAGAAGGCCAACAAGAAAAAAGCCAUCAAGCGUCUGUAG